AUGUAUGGGUUAUUCUUCUUAGUUACCUUUGCAAGUGCUUUAGAUUGGCUAUUGAACCCUGCAAAUUAUAUGACGACUGUUAAUCAGAAAUUAGGGGUAGAAUUUGGCAUUAUGUGGGGAGGCGCUUAUAAGCUUAAUCAUGAAACCAGAGAAGAUCUCGCUGAAUUUUCGUUCUUAUAUGCAGAUCCAGGAAGGUUUUAUAUGCAGCAGAUAGCCGAUAAGGAAAAUUAUAUAGAGCUUACACAAAAAUACAGAAUUGUUGAAAAUUCAUGGAUAAUGGAAUUAGAAGGAGAUCACAUUGCCCGAUCAGCAUAUGAUAAAGAAGGAAAAUUUAUUAAUCUCGUAUUUUACAUUGCUACAAAGCAUGGAAGUAUAAGCAAACAAGGAGAUAAAUUACUUGUAGAUGGCAUUGAAUUUGAAAUUAAAGUCAAUUCUGAUGAAUCCUAUAUGUCUUAUACCAAAGGAGCAAAGGUUGAAAACCUUGAUGAUAAGUUAUGAAAAGUAAAAAGAUUUGCCCAAAAAUGGCUAUUAGAUAGUUUUAAUAGCCAAAAACGAGUUGAUGCGUUUGGGAUGCUUGACAAUAACAUAGCUGAUGAGAGCAAUUUAUUAUUUUUCCAAUUUAUUAUAAAAUCUCCUUUCGAGGUAACAAUUUCAUAUGGAAAUGCUGAAAUCCCUCCAUUUGAAAAUUUUGUGGAAAAUUUCAAAGAAAAAUUCAAAACCAAGUUUGGGGAGCCAGUUUAUGAAGAUUUUGAAUAUUCAACAUUAAGUAUGCUUCUAUCUGGGCUGAGCUUAUUUUCAGGUCCGAUUAUUGUGCAAUCACCUAAUGGUGUAGAAAGGAAAAUGAACAAUACUUUGCUAACUCCCCCCCCCCCCUCCGUGAGCGAACAAAACCAUUAGAAAAAUCACCAUUUUUUGACCAAAAACCCACCCUCCGUGAGCGAACAAAAAUUUUUUUAAUAGAAAAAAUUUAAUGGAAAAAAAAAUUUUGAUAUAUAAGUGAUAAUUAGUAUAAUGAAAUCUAGAGCUAAUUCUGUUUAAUUUUAAACAAAUUGCGUUUUAAAACAUAAAUUUUUGCAAAUUAAAUUAAUAUUUGCUUCCCAAUUUUUGCAAAUUAGGAUUUUUUUAAAUUUCGAAAAAAAAAUUUUUUUUAAAAAUUUAUAUAUAAAUUUUUUUUUAAAAAAAAAAUUAACCCCCCUCCGUGAGUGAACAAAAUUUUUUUGUUCGCUCACGGAGGGGGGGGGGGGGAGUAAGCUUCGUCCCUAGCAAAACUUUCUUUCCAAGAGGAUUUCUAUGAGAUGAAGGAUUCCAUUUACAAGUAGCUUGCAAUUGGAACUCUGAAAUUUGUGAAGAGGUACUUAAGAGCUGGCUAAAUACAAUGGAUGACCGUGGUUGGAUACCUCGUGAGCAAAUAAGAGGCCCAUUAUCAGAAAGUAGAGUGCCUGAAGCCUUUUUAUCACAGAAUAUGGACAUCGGAAACCCUCCAACACUAAUUUUUUCUAUAGAAAAUUUAAGUAAAGCACUAAUGUACAGCUCAAAGGAAAAUUUAGAAGAAAAUGAAAAAGUAAAAUUUUUUAAGUCAAUUUAUCCACAGCUGAAAAAGUGGCUGUCUUGGCUUAGUAUAAGUCAAUUAAAUGAAGAGGGGUAUUUUAUGUGGAAAGGGAGAACGUUGGAUCAUAAUCUUGCAAGUGGGCUAGAUGAUUAUCCUAGAGCUCAAUUGGUUAGCACCAAAGAGCGUCAUUUGGAUUUACAUUCGUGGAUAACUUAUUUUACAAGAUGUAUGCACAAAAUAUCGGGCUAUCUUUACUAUGAUGAAGACAGAGAAAUUUAUUCAAAAAAACUUCAAAAACUUGAAUCUCAAUUGGACGAACUUUUUUGGGAUGGUAAAAAAUACAGUGAUUAUUCUGGAGAUCAAUUUAUAGAUCAACAAGGAAAAUCUCCAUAUUAUUGGAGAGGCGACAAUAAAUGUGGAGAUCAAAACCCAUCACCACUUGGAGGUCCUUCUGACUGCAACCCAUACUCAGAUUCUCCAUGCUGCUCUGAAUUCGGUUGGUGUGGAAACUCCCAAGGCCACUGUUCCUGUCCUAAAUGUAAAAGAGCUAAAAAGCUCGAAGACCGGCCUGAAUUAAUAAAAAAGAAAACAUUUUCUCCUCAUAUUGGCUAUGUAAAUUUGUUGCCUUUUUGCAUGGGAAUUUUGGAAAAAGACUCUCCAGGAUAUAAAGAAAUUAUAAAGAUGAUUAAGUCUCCUAGCGAGCUUUGGUCACAGCAUGGGCUUAGAUCAUUAAGUAAAUCAGAUAUGCUAUAUGGCACUGGUGAAAACUAUUGAAGAGGGCCAAUUUGGAUUAAUUUCAAUUAUUUAGUGCUCAGAGGUAUUAAACUGUAUUACUGGGACGACGAAGAUUUAAGAAAAGUUUACGGGACUCUAAAGGAAAAUAUUAUAAAAACUGUUGUGGGAAAUUGGAAAGAGAACGGAUUUUUGUGGGAGCAGUAUAGUGAUGUAACAGGAAAAGGACAGAGGGUGCAUCCUUUUGCAGGAUGGACAACUUUAAUUCUCAAUAUCAUGCAUGAUAUCUAUUAA